UUCACUGUGGGUCUGAGUCUGACACAGCCUCCUCCCUUGUUGUCUGCUGAGCGCUGGGCCUCCGGGGGCCUCUGACCAUUAGCCUCCCUCGUCACCAUGAGUGACCUCCAGGAAGAGGGCAAGAACGCCAUCAACUCUCCCAUGACGCCUGCCACAGUGGACAUCCACCCCGAGGACACCCUUCUCGAAGAGAAUGAGGAGCGGACGAUGAUUGAUCCCACCUCCAGGGAAGACCCCAAGUUCAAAGAACUGAACAAGGUUUUAAUUGACUGGAUUAAUGACGUGCUGGUGGAGGAGAGAAUCAUCGUCAAGCAGCUGGAGGAGGACUUGUAUGAUGGGCAGGUGCUGCAGAAGCUUCUGGAAAAGUUAGCCGACCGCAAGCUAAAUGUGGCUGAGGUGACGCAGUCAGAGAUAGGCCAGAAACAAAAGCUGCAGACCAUCCUGGAGGCGGUUUACGACAUCCUGCGGCCCCAUGGCUGGGCUAUCAAAUGGAAUGUGGACUCAAUCCAUGGGAAGAACCUUGUGGCGAUCCUUCAUCUCCUGGUUGCCCUGGCCAUACACUUCCGAGCCCCCAUCCGGCUCCCCGAGCACGUCUCUGUGCAGGUGGUGGUUGUUAGAAAGCGGGAAGGCCUGCUGCACUCGGCCCACGUGGUACAGGAGCUGACCAGCACCGCCGAGAUGAUGAUGGGAAGAUUUGAACGAGACGCCUUCGACACGCUCUUUGACCACGCCCCCGAUAAGCUCAGCGUGGUGAAGAAGUCUCUUAUCACAUUCGUGAACAAACACCUUAAUAAGCUGAACUUGGAGGUGACAGAGCUGGAGUCGCAGUUUGCAGAUGGCGUGUACCUGGUUUUGCUCAUGGGCCUGCUGGAAGGAUACUUUGUUCCUCUCCAUAACUUCCAUUUAACUCCGGAGAAUUUUGACCAGAAGGUCCACAACGUCUCAUUCGCUUUUGAACUCAUGCAAGAUGGCGGACUCAAGAAACCAAAGGCCCGCCCAGAAGAUGUCGUCAACCUGGACCUCAAGUCUACCCUGAGGGUUUUAUACAACCUGUUCACCAAGUACAAAAACACUGAGUGAUCCUGGAAGCUGCUGAAAUAUUCAUCCCCGAUGUCUCCUUGAAGGGAAGCCAAGCCUUGGUCUCCCCUAUGUGCCUUAGUGCAGUUUGCCUGCCUCUGUGAUGCUGCAAGAUUUCCCGCCUCCUCUUUGGGGUAGUCUGAAGCCCUGUCUCCUUGGUGCUAGGGAGUAAAGCCCUCUGGAAAUGAUGAGUCCGGGGCCGGGGGGGGGGCUCCCCACCUCGGACGCUGGAUCCCCUCCUGCUUUGCUCUUGGGACAGAUAACUAGCUCAAAUGGAUCUCAGCAGAGGCCACCCAGCCUGUUCUAGGAUGGAGCCGUAGGCUGAGGUCCGUCCAUCCAAACUCCCUCGCGCUGUCCUGGCUUUCUGACUGUCUCUUGGACUGGAAGUCCCUUUAAAACCUUUGCUUUCCAGUAAAAAUGGGCUUUGCAUUUUCUUUCUUUCCACCCUCCCUUUCCUUUCAAAGAAUAUCUUAAACUAUUUAUAAGAAA